AUGAUCGAAAUCGGAUCAAACCACACAAUGGCUGUUCCUCCACUAUUCCUCCUCCUCCUCACACUCCUCUCCCUCCCUCAUCUUCCCAUUUCCGCCGCCGCCGCCUCCGAUGCCUACCCUUCCAUCCCCGGAACCGCUCCUGUCGACGGAGGUUUCACCGAUGAACUCAAACCCAUCCGCCGCGAAGUCUACGGCGAAGGCAAAAUCUUCGACAUCAGCCACCGUUACACGCCGGAGAUGCCGGCUUUCGACUCGUCGGAAGGACUCGGCCUGUUUCUAUGGCUAGCUGCGAGCAUAAAGAACGGAUCACUCGCUAACAACUCGGAGAUGAAGAUGCCGACGCACACCGGUACUCACGUUGAUUCCCCUGGACACUUCUACGACAGCUACCUCGAUGCUGGCUUCGACGUCGACUCGCUCGAUCUCCAAGUCCUUAAUGGUCCUGCUUUGUUGGUUGAUGUUCCGAGAGACACGAACAUAACUGCUAAAGUGAUGAAAUCUCUAAACAUUCCAAAAGGAGUACGUCGUGUUCUCUUCAGGACGUUGAACACUGACAGGCGUCUUAUGUUCAAGAAAGAGUUUGAUACAAGCUAUGUCGGAUUCAUGAAAGACGGAGCACAAUGGUUGGUUGACAACACAGACAUCAAGCUCGUCGGGCUUGAUUAUCUAUCAGUAGCUGCAUAUGAUGAUCUUGGUCCGUCUCACCUAGUAUUCCUAAAAGACCGAGAGACUAUACUUGUGGAGGGAUUGAAGCUGGAUGAUGUGAAGGCAGGUCUCUACACUGUCCAUUGCUUACCUCUAAGACUUGUUGGAGCUGAAGGAUCUCCAAUUCGUUGUAUCCUCAUCGAAUGA